AUGUCUCCGACCCCUCACCCCUCCCCCCCGGGAAUCCUCCACGAAUACGCCCCGCACCUCGUCGCCUUCGAAUUCACGACCACCGCCACAAACGAACCAAAACCCAACACCCUAAUCUUCAUCGGCGGCCUCACAGACGGCCUACACACGGUACCAUACGUCCGCACGCUGGCACACGCGCUCUCGACAACGAAAAGCAAAUGGAGCGUGUUCAACCUGCUGCUCAGCAGCUCCUACAGCGGCUUCGGCACGCACGGUCUGGACACGGACGUAGCCGAGAUGGCGAAAUGCAUCGACUUUAUCCGCACGCGGCUGCCGCAUAAAGCCGCCGGUAAGGUUGUCAUUAUGGGCCAUUCGACUGGUAGUCAGGACGUGUUGCACUAUCUGUAUUCUUCUAGCAAGGGAGACGGUAGCGGAGAGGGUGGGCUGGGCAAUGGACACCGCCCCGCUGUCGAUGGCGCGAUCAUGCAAGCGCCUGUCUCGGAUCGCGAGGCGCUACUGGUUAAGAUCCAGGAGGUGGGGGAAGAGUCACAGGGAGGAGAAGGGAAAGAAGAAGGUCGUGGUAACGCUAGUAAGGCAACUGAAGUGCGCGGGGCUUAUGAUCAGCUCGUGCAUAUGGCGCGCUCCGGGCCCAGGAAUUUCCUCCUGCCGAUGGAUCUGCUCGCCGCCGUGGGAUUACCCGAGAACACGCCCAUCACGGCGGAGCGGUUCCUGAGCCUCGCUAGUCCCGACAGUCCGCAACGGCCCAGUGCGGAUGAUCUGUUUAGUUCGGAUCUGGACGAUGAGUGUCUUCGGGGGACGUUUGGGCGCGUGGCCGAGCAGGGGAGGUUGAAGGCCGGGGCGCGGUUGAUGGUGCUGUUUUCCGGCGCGGAUGAGUAUCUGGCCCCCUGGGUGGAUGUGCAGAGGCUGAUGGGCCGGUGGAAGGCGGCUGUCAAUGCGGGAGGGAAGGAGAUUUGGGAUGAGGAGGGCAGUGCGGCGAUCGAGGGGGCCAGUCACAAUGUGAGUGAUAUCGGGCAGGAUGAGCUGCUGAGGCGGGUCAGUGGGUUCUUGGAGAGAGUCGAGAAGCAAACUUGA